AUGUCGCAACGCACCCCCGAACCCCCGAAACCACCAUAUCCGACGUCGAGACCUGACGAGGGGCCUCAAAGAUCUGCUACUUUACCGGAAGCGCGCCAUACUGGGUUGAAUGACAGGCCAGAUGGAAGAAAUGUCCCACGGAUGAGCGAAGAACGAGCGAGCGGGGAGUUGGAGGGCAGUACGCUCGGGAGCAGCUCCCGCGAUGGCGACCGAAGCCGAACGUCACGACGAACCCAGAGCUCAGGCGGCUUUCUACUAGAUUCCACCUUUCUGCCUCGGUCAAAGAGCCUCAGACAAAGCGAUGAGCGACCUCGUCGCUCGGAUUCGGAUCGAAAAGUGAAGCGCGAACGACCGGAUUCCGAAAUCGUGGUGCCGAAGAAACGAUCUCGCUUCCCCUGGAGUCGUCGCAAGGAAGCGAAGGAAGUGGGAUCAGGAUCUCCGAAGGCUUCUUCGUCCGUGCAAUCAGAGAUUGACGCAUCUCAUGAAGCGUCGGAGCCUUCACAGACACAGCAGGAUGCAGCGUCCCAGGUGCCACAGGCUCCAGCGGCUGGGGCUCCCGUCGGUUUGGACAGGGACUCGUUGCAGAUUGUCAACCUCGCGUUGAACCUGAGUGAAUCUAGAAAGAUGGGCGGCCUCGCCCAUUCCAAUUCCAACCGCCUCUCGGGCGGGAGGUGGGCGUCCGCCAGUCACGGCGUUGCCACAUACCCUGAACGCCAGGCAUCCGUUAUGAGUAGCUUAGGCGUGGAAGGUCCUCAUUCGCGUCCCAAUUUUACACAGUCUUUGGUCGAUGAUCGCUCGAGGGGGCUGGGACCCCAAUACAGCAACCGAUCUUCGAAUACACCCACCUCGGUAUUACCGUUGCUCCCUCUCUCUGUGGACGCCAGCCCCUUGCCUUUUGGGUUUUCAAAUAGUACGAUCGCUCGAGCAGAAAAGGCCCGGCGACAUUUUGAGCUUUUUGCGGAAUAUCUACGCCUGCUACCAUCUCUUCCUCCCCUUCAGUCUACUCACGUGGACUCUGCGACUGGCGCAAGGUCGGCGGACGGUCAACAUUCAUCGGGCCGUGCAUAUAAUCCGUUGCAGGCCAUUCGGAAUCGAAAAGUCAGAUUCCGUGAACGCUGCCCAAUUGACCCGGAAGCCCAAGGCUGGAAUGACGUGGACAGAGUGCGUGAAUGGGUCGACUCGGUUGAAGUCCAAUACAGCGGCCAGCGCCACAGCCCGUACGAAUGCUUAAGUCUCCCGCCAUAUAGACACGAAGGCAAGGAUGUCUCGCGUGAGGGACACAACGAGGAUGAGCUGAUGGCCGUGUCCCCCCCUUCCAGCUUGAGAAGAGCCAGUCGGGCGAGCAGCGUUAAGGGCCGCCGGCCGAAGUCUGACUGGGUGAUCUCUCCAGCCGAGCUUAUUGCUGAAGCAGCCUGGUUGGAAGAAAGGCUGAACAAAAGCAAAGUCAUCGACCAGGAUGGAAACAACCUAUAUCCGGAUCCCGCGGCGUUGUUUUCUUCUGACGCUAAUCUGGAGCCUCCAAGCAUCGAAGGAGAACUACCCACUACUCGGCACUCCAUAGACACGGACCAUCACUCUUCUCACGCCUCUUUGUCCGAUGGACACCCCGGCUUGUCCACUGAGUUCAAGCGGAAUGGACGCGGGCGCCGACGGCACAGACUUCAGAAGCCCGUACUCGGCUUGUUCCACGGCCGAGAUAGUCCAGAUGUUGAGACUGGCUCUGGCCGGCACAGAUUUGGAAGGUCCCGGAGCUAUUCCAGUAUAUCUGACUUGGCCUCCGAUGACAAGGCCCUAUUGGCAUAA